AUGAUUUCACGAAGCUUCUAUUCCGUUUUAUGUGCAUCGGCAUUCAUUUUGAAUUUAGCCAGUUCAGACACUAGCGGCUGUGUUCCUAGUUCAAUCAAUGGCCAAGGAUUUGAUGUGACGUUCUAUCACUAUGCUCAUUACAGCAAAAGCGGUUGGGAUGCUGACUUUUUCACUUCCGGAUAUUCUACAACUGGGGUAGUUGGUACCGUUAAUCUGGUUACCGAUAUAAAUUCUGUGAAUGUUCCAGGAAGUGGAGUUGUUGCGGGAGAAAUAUUCGGUUUCCCUAUAACUGUAUCGAACUUCACUGCAGAAUUGCAAGGGUACUUCGAAGCAACUGAGUCAGGAACUUACACUUUCGAUUUAAUGUCAGACGAUGGUGCUACGUUACAAUUUGGAAGCGGGGCUUCCUGUUGCAACGACCCUGGAGCAAGUAUUUCAGGAAAUUUUUCAAUUAAUACUUUAGGAACUUUUACCGAUAAUGGAUACGCAGACGGAACUGAGAGUGCGCUGUUCCAAUUGGAAAAAGGCGUCUAUUACCCUAUCAAAAUAGUAUGGUUCAACUGGGACGAUCGUUAUGAACUCAAUUUGCAGAUCACGACACCAUCUGGAGAUGUAAUUACAACUUUUGAUGAUAUAUACCAGCUUACCUUUUCAGAUGGCGAGUGUCCUGCGACAUCAAGCAGCUCAGCAGCUCCUUCUAGCUCAGCAGCUCCUUCUAGCUCGGCAGCUCCUUCUAGCUCGGCAGCUCCUUCUAGCUCUGAGGAACCAUCCAGUUCAGCAGUUCCAUCAAGCUCCGAGGAACCAUCAAGUUCAGCAGUUCCAUCAAGCUCUGAGGAACCAUUCAGUUCAGCAGUUCCAUCAAGCUCUGAGGAGCCAUCAAGUUCAGCAGUUCCAUCAAGCUCUGAAGAACCGUCUCAAUCGAUCCUUCCUAACUCGGAAACCGUAUCUAGUUCAGCAGCUCCAUCAAGCUCUGAGGAGCCAUUCAGUUCAGCAGUUCCAUCAAGUUCCGCAGCUCCUUCUAGCUCGUCAGCUCCUUCUAGCUCAGCAGUUCCAUCAAGCUCUGAGGAGCCAUUCAGUUCAGCAGUUCCAUCAAGUUCCGCAGCUCCUUCUAGCUCAGCAGUUCCAUCAAGCUCUGAGGAACCAUCAAGUUCAGCAGUUCCAUCAAGCUCUGAGGAGCCAUUCAGUUCAGCAGUUCCAUCAAGUUCCGCCGCUCCUUCUAGCUCGUCAGCUCCUUCUAGCUCUGAAUUUACAGUUAGCUCUGGAGAGAGUACCAGUUCUGCCGCUACUUCAAGUCCUGAAUCUUCGGUUUAUUCUGAUUCUACAGCACAAUUAAGUUCAAUCACAUCAGAAACUCCCUCGUCUCUUCUGACUGUUACUGAUACUGUUGCUAGUACCACAGUAAUUACGAUAACUUCAUGCUCUGAUCACAAAUGUUCAGAAGUACCUGUUACUACUGGCUUGACAACUGUGACUAACUCUGAGACUACGUAUGUUACAUAUUGUCCCAUUAGUGGUUCAAGCGAGAGUUCAGUGAAUUUUGGAUCGACAGAAACCCAAAUUCAGACUACAGUUGUUACCGUUACUUCCUGCUCCGACGAUAUGUGCUCUACAGUACCAGUCACCACUGGCCUCACCACUGUAACUAAUGGUGAGAGUAGUUUUGUGACUUACUGUCCAUUAAGUGAGAGCUCUACAGCAUCAAAAUCUGACGAAUCAGAGAUUGAGACUACUGUCAUUACCGUGACAUCAUGUUCUGACAAUAGUUGCAAAGAAACUCCGGUUACAACUGGUCUCACAACAGUCACUGCGGCAGAAUCGACAUUCGUCACAUACUGUCCAACCUCAGCUUCAUCAGAAGCCUCAAACACUGCAGUCUCAACCAAAAUAACAAGUGAGGCAAUUAGUACGCAAACCGCACAGUCCACUGUUGCAGGUGAGUCAAUUUACCCACUGACCUCCGCUUCAGUUUUCACUAUGUCUGAAGGAGGCGCUGUAACAAUGACUUUCUCAUUUGGCGCUAUCUUGUUAGGUUUCAUUGCCCUUUUCUAUUAA